AUGACAUUGAGCGCGCUUCUGAAAGCGCACUUUCCUACGUGGACCGCGCCUACUCCUGUGGAGGGCAUGAGCCCCGCCGCUGCGUGCCAAAAGGAGGUGCUGGCAGCCCUGCGUGGAGUGAGCACCUGGGCGGGCUGCCAUACUGCUGGCUUCCAGUGCGGAACCAUCACAGGCAAGAGACAGCAGGUCGACGCCUACACAGCACACGCCUCAAAUUUGGCAGCCAGGACCGGGUCGACAUCCGGACCAGUGGUGUGUGAGACGGGACUCUUUCGCGGCGGCUCAGCCACGGUGUGGCUAUGUAGCAGCCCGCACGCUCGCCUCAUUGCCUUUGACCUCGUCGUCGACCCGAAUGUCUCGGCUGUGCUACAUCACUACUUCCCCGGCCGCGUCACUCUCGUCCAGGGCUCUACCAUCGAAACUAUCCCGGUGUUCAGCCGCAACAACCCACAGGCGCAAUGCGAUAUCGUCAGCGUGGACGGGGGGCAUUUUGGGUAUGUGCCGCUGCUCGACCUCCGAAACCUGCGCGCGAUGGCCAGCCCCGGAGCGCUUGUGCUCAUGGACGAGGUAGGCUUUCUCGACGUCAGCAAUCAGUCCAACGAAGUUGGGCAGCCACUCCUCGCGAAUGGCGAACGCGCGUGCUGCCCCGACACCACGCUAGCGUGGACGACAGCGACCGUGACUGGCUUGGUCCGGCAGCGGAGCUGCUUCCCGCCCUCACAGAGGAAUGGCCGCGGCUGGUGUGAGGGCGUCUUUUCCAGUCACGGCGGCGAUAGCUGGGAGUGGGGAAACAACGUGCUCGGGAGCAGUCGCGUCGCACCAUUGGCCAUUGGCGCUGUGGCAGCUGCGGCGAUGGAGAAUCAGUUGGGACUCACGGGACUGACUGCGCUGCCACGCCACUCGAGCCCGCCUGCGAUCCGCUCCUCGGCUGUGCCGGCAUGCACGCACUGCUUCAGCAGCAGGCACGGCGAGAUGGAGAGCGCGGAGCUGGCACGCGCGAGUGCAUCGCGGACAGCGGCCAUACACGCCUCGACCUUCCAGCGCCACAUCUCCGACGAGAGCCCACUGGUCGCAGAGUUCCAUCUUCCGCUGCACUACGGCGCAGGCAACGACUCGCAGCAAGUGAUGGGCUUUCCGCGCUCUCUACCAGCGGGCUCGAUGAUUCGAUGGGGUGGCUGGCACUUGUCACAGCCCGCUGGCCACACACUGACGACGGCAUACUUUGUCGGCACGACUGCGCACGAUGGCAGCCAGGUUUACAUGCACCACAUCCACGUGAAUGACGACGACCGCAGCCGGCCGUCGCCCGGGCUCGACUUCCAGGUGCAUGGCGACAGCGUGUGCCUGCCUGAGCUGGGAGGUGAGGCGUGCCUUCUCUUUGACCUACCAAGCACAGAGGCUGCCUCGUUCGCCUUUGUAACGCGGCCGCUCUACCGCUCCGACGGCGCCUUUGUCGCACGGCGGGACCUCGCGACGCCAAUGGUGCCCAUGGUGGCCUUCCGCACGAGCGAGCCUCUCAGCUCCGCGCCGGUGGUUCCGCUCUCGCUGCUCAACUUUGCAAACAAGGGGGUUGUCAUGCCCUUCGCCACCUUCGCGCUUCCCAAGGAGGGGCUGCAUGCACAGUGGUUCACCGCCCAAGCCCCGUACACCGGCUGGCUGGCGCACGCCUUCAUCCACACCCACACGCGCAUCUUCUCUGACGUGUGGGUCUACGCAGCGGACGCGAGGGACCUAAACCUCGACCGCGGAGGGAUGAUGCAACGCGGCUACUCUGGUGCGCCGCUGCUCAAGCUGCAGAGCCGGCGCGAGCUCGAGCAGGUGCUGGAGGCCGCGAGGGAUGCGCGGCUUGUCUGCCGCAUCGAUAGAAAUAGCGUACGCUUCUCGGCCGACCCUCGCAGCGGAGCAAACCUGCAGGCGGACAAGCACACGCACCGCAGAUUGCUCGACCGUGCGACUCCGCUCACAUGUGACCGCAGCUGGGUCUUUGCCGAGGGCGAUCCCAUCACCGUGGUCGGCCUUUUCGAGGCAGGGCUGGGCUUUCGGAAGACAGCUGAGUGGGCGGUGGGCUCUCAAGACGCGCUGUACACGCCCGAGUUGUUCAAGAGGAGCGACAUCUUCUUGCAGCACCUCGGCCUGCGCAUGUUUGGGGUGCGGCAGGAUGCGCGCCAGCUCGGACUCCGCGAGGCUGGACGCGCAGUCUGCCCCGUAACAUGGGCAACUUACGUACCGGAGGCCGAGGGCGCUGCUGUGACGCCGCUACGGUGGGUCACGUGCGGGUGA